AUGGUAUGGUGGAUAAUCACGAAGCUACUGUUCCUACCCUGUUGGAAAGUUGACUCAGAUGGCUUUUCUUUUUCUUCUCUUGUUGACCCUCAUCGUUUUAGGAAGUUCCACGUUAUGCCCUUUGCUGGCUUUUCUUUGGUUCCAAAACCCUUUGUUUUCUACAUUAAUACUGGUGGAUUCUCUGUUUUCAGUCAUUGCCUAGAGAGGAAGUAUAUGUUUCUCAUUUGUAAUGGAAUCCUUGCUAUUCUUGCUAAGAGUUCAGUUUCUUCUUCAAGUACUUCUGCUUCUGAUGAUCAGUCUAAUCUUGAAGAUGAAGGGCAGUUAUCAUCAACAGUACCUAACUUGUCUCCUACGAAAGCUGAGCCUACUCAUGUUGAUCAAGAAGUUCCUGCCGUGGCAAGUCUUGAGCCUCUACAAGAUAAAGAAAUGCAAGCAGCAGCAGCAGAAGAAGAAGAGAAGGAGGCUACUUCAAGUCAAGAUAUGAUGAUUGCAGAAGAAGAAGAGUUCAGAGAAGAAAAAGGAGGGAGUUUGGUGAAACAAGAGGAAGAAGAAGGAGAAGGAGAUGAAGAGUUAGCAAGUACUGAAGAAUUGAACAGGAGAAUUGAGGAAUUUAUAAGGAAAAUGAAAGAAGAAAUAAGGAUUGAAGCUCAACAACCACUAAUUGCAGUGUAA